AUGCAUUGGCCAAGCCUCAUCAUUACCGCGCUGACGGCAUCCUUCGCAAAUGGGCAAGGGGACUUCUCUACCCCAAAUGCCACUGGUGCUGGAGGAUGGGAAGAUGCCUUCAAAAAGGCGUCGUCUAUGACAGCCAACCUAGAUUUUGACGAAAAGGCAUUCAUUGCUACAGGCGUGAAUGGGCCAUGUGUUGGUAACAUUCCAGCUAUUCCUAGACUCGGUUUCAAAGGGCUCUGUCUUCAGGACGGACCGCUUUCGCUCCGGCAAAGCAGCUAUGCGAGCGUCUUUCCUGCUGGAUUGACGGCUGCUGCGACUUGGGAUAAAGAUUUGAUGUAUGAACGCGGUGUUCGGAUUGGGGCUGAGUUUAAAGCCAAAGGGGCAAAUAUUAUUCUUGGCCCUGUAGCUGGUCCACUUGGACGGUCCGCUCGCGGAGGAAGAAACUGGGAAGGGUUUUCUGUAGAUCCCUAUCUGACCGGUGUUGCCUUCUCCCAAACCAUCAAGGGAACACAGUCCCAGAAUGUUCAAGCUUGCGGGAAACAUUUCAUUGGCAACGAGCAAGAGACCCAACGAAAUCCAACGACGGAUAGUAACGGACAAAUAACCCAAGAUGCCGUAUCCUCGAAUAUCGAUGACCGUACCAUGCAUGAAAUGUACCUGUGGCCCUUUGCAGAAGCUGUACGGAGCGGUUUGUCUGCCAUUAUGUGCAGCUAUAACCGGGUGAAUCAGACUUAUUCCUGCCAGAAUGGCAAUCUUAUGAAUAGCUUGCUGAAGACCGAGCUUGGCUUCCAGGGGUACAUCAUGACUGAUUGGGGCGCGCUUCAUACAGAUGCUAUCUCGAGCACUCGGGCGGGUUUGGAUAUGCUUAUGCCUGGCCCACUGGGCCAGAAUACGUCCGUCUUUGGAUAUAACCUGACAGCAUUGGUGCAAGAUGGCUCGCUACCUGAGUGGAGACUCGAUGACAUGGUCAAGCGAGUUCUCACGCCGUACUUUUAUCUCAACCAACUUGACUAUCCUACUGUCGAUCUCGACACAGCUCAAAUAAAUGGUCAGACGUGGGGAGAGGAUAUCCCAAAAUAUGGCUACUCGUUCAAUUUAGGUAAUUUGUCGGACAUCAACCGAGAUGUUCGCGGUAAUAACUCUGCUUUCAUCCGAGAAAUGGGCGCAGCAGGCGCCGUUCUUCUCAAGAAUGACGAUAAUCUCCUACCCUUGAAAGACCCAAAACGUAUUAUUGUGAUUGGCAAUGACGCUGUCGGCACCACCGGAGGACCGUACUGGCCAGAUGAGAUUAAUGUAGUCAUGGCCGUCGGAGGUGGUUCUGGAACAGGGCGAAUGACCAAUCUAGUCUCACCGCUGGAGGCAAUCAAACAACGCAGUCCGAAUGCUUUUAUCCAAGCGCUCACUGAUAAUAACGGCAUUUACCAAUCAACUAUGAAUACACUCUACCCAGCCGCUGAUGUGUGCCUUAUUUUCCUCAAAGCGUUUUCUGGCGAGGGAUCUGAUCGACAGAGCCUACUGCCGGACUACAACGCGGAUUCCGUGGUAUCAAAUAUCACCAGCAAUUCUGCUAUAUGCCCGAAGACCGUUGUGAUCAGUCACUCGACCGUCCCUAAUGUACACCCCUGGGCAGAUAAUGUAACCGCGAUCAUUGCAGCCCAUGUCCCCGGUGAACAAGCAGGCAAUUCCAUAAUCGACAUUCUAUAUGGUGAUAUCAACCCGUCGGGAAAACUUCCCUAUACAAUUGCAUUUGACGAGAGCGACUACAAUGCCCCAAUCGCGGAUUUCACUAAUGAUAACAACGGCGAUAUGAACCUGUGGCAAUCUGAUUUCACCGAGGGACUGAUGCUCGAUUACCGUUACUUUGACUCGCAGAACAUUCAACCGCGAUAUGAAUUCGGAUAUGGUCUGUCAUACACCAAUUUCUCCAUAUCCAACCUCCAGAUCGCUGCCGCCAGCAAUAUUUCAACCUACCCGGCGACUCUGAACAGUAGUCUUCCUCCCCCCGGCGGCAACCCAGAUCUAUACACCGCUCUUGCUACUGUUAAUGUCACCGUCAAGAACACAGGCCCCGUUGCUGGACGUGCGGUGCCACAGCUCUAUCUCGGGUUUCCGUCGAACCCAGACAGCGGAGAUACAACAUCUAUCCCCCCGAAAGUCCUUCGUGGGUUUGAAAGGACUGCUUCAUUGAAGCCAGGCGAGUCAAUAGUUGUGCAAUUCGAGCUCCGGCGAAAGGAUGUUUCGUCGUGGGAUGUGGUGAGCCAGAAUUGGGCUGUUCCGGUAGGCUCUUUCAAUGUCUUUGUUGGUCAGAGCAGCCGUGAUGUUCCUUUGAAUGGGACAAUGAGUUUCAAAAGUUGA